AUGAAAAAGUACAGGACGAAAUUGCUCAUAGUUUUACUGGUCACUGUGGAAAUAAUUACUUGUGAAACGAAAUCAGAAACGAUCGCAGUUGCAUUACUUCCUUCACCAACAUCUAUUCUGAAUUCACAUGCUUCACCAAUACCUGUUGAAAUUACUCCUAUACCUGCUGAUGACUUUAGUCCAAGAUUUGAUGAAUUUAGACGUAUCGAUGCAAACGGUGAUCAACAAAUUACCUUUGCGGAAUUUAUACUAGCUGAUCGGCCAUACAUUGAGGAUAAAUCACGAUUGUAUCACAGACAAGAUUUAAAUGGUGAUGGUAUUGUGAGCAAAAAUGAGUUCGCUUCUUACUAUCGAAAAAAAGAAGAAGAACGUCGACUGAGAGAAGAGCAAGCGGAAAAUUUUUUCAAACAGUUGGUGAGUCUUGAAAAAACCUUUCUUGUAGUAUCAAAAAAACUGCAUUUUGAUGAUUUAUAG